AUGUCAGAAAAAUUUAAACACAAUAGAAGAAAAUUUGAAUACCAAGGAAGAACCAUUUACGAAUGGGAACAAUCAAUAGAGGAGAUCAAUAUAUUUGUUCAACCACCACCAGGUAUAACAUCGAAAAUGAUAGCAUGCGAAAUAACACCAACUAAAUUAAUCUUGGGUAUUAAAGGAAAUCCACCAUUUAUAAAC